UUUGCGCUGGUUAUCUCGCGUCACAAAACCGUUGAAUAACUGUGAUAUAAAUUAAAUUAAUAAUGUCACCGAAGAAUCAAGUUCAUCCCCUAAGUUAUUUGUGUAUUAAACUUGUUUCCACGAAGCUAAUUCAGGCACUUUCGGAUGACGAAGGUCGCAACUACGAUGUAGUGGAGCGGUAUCUCUUCGACGCCACUUAUGAAGUUGUUCAGGAGUUAUUAAAAAAUAUUUUGAAUUCCGUUAAUCUCGACGCCGCCACCAGAUUCAGUUGUUUGCAAGUUUUACUCCGAUAUGAUGUUAAGAAACUGGAUACGGGAAUCUUCCCCCAUUCUUAUUAUGAGGCAAUAUUAAAAGUUAUAACUCAAAAGGGUACAGGGCUACAGCAAUUAAACCUUAAGGGAGUUUGGGUGAGGGAGCAUCCUACGGAACUCAGUGAGUUGGUGAAAAAUCUCGCUAAAUUGAAAGUAUUAAUUAUCCCACACAUGGCAGACAACCAGGUUUUGGAAGCGGCCACGAAUUGUCAGUUUUUAACAGUCCUCGACAUUUCCGGAGAGUGUUCCUUCACAGCGCAAGGAUUACAACAUCUUACUACAGAGACAAUCACUGUUUUAGACAUUGGGAAUUUCGGUAAGAAAAAUGUGUGUCUUCAGGAAGAGGAUGAAACAGAAGACAUAAUGGCUCAAGUUAUUGAAAACCUUCCAAAUCUAACAUCACUCAGGACCUACUCUUUUACCGGAGCGUCUCUUUUAACGCUAUACAAAAAAAACUCAAAGCACAAAACUCGUCUCAAAUAUCUUCAUGAUACAGGAACAACUGAUGAAAUUAUAAAUGUCAUCAUCCAUAUGUGCGAAAAUUUAGAAAGUAUUCAUCUUGAUAACCCCGAGAAAGGUGUCAUUUCUCGUCUUAGCGAACUUAAAAAACUCACCUGUCUCAAACUAGUCCACCACGACGUAGUGGACCUACUGAACUACCUUAGAAGCUCUGGAUCUGGACUCCAAGUUCUUAAAUUAAACCACAACAAGAGAGUUUCCCUACAACUAUGUGAUAUAUGUUUGUGUGUACCAAACUUACAAACUCUUGAGUGUUUCCAGCUGAAACUGUCUUUCUUCCAAGUCGACACAUUCUUCAUGAAUUUAGAAAACAUCGAAAUUCUGUACUGUGAUAUCAGUGAUUCAUCUCUCAGAUAUAUACUAACUAAUUGUCCUUUCUUGAAACGUGUGAUUAUAGGGUGUAUUAUCAAUAUGACCGACGGUGAUAUUUUUAGAUUAUGUGCUGAAUGUGAAUUUUUAUGCUUAGAAGAAUUGUGGUUUUCUUGUGCCAGAGGUCUUACUUCAAUUUCGGUAGAACUGUUAAUGGGUCAUUGUCCUAACUUGAAAGUGAUGGGACAGCUUAGUGGUUGGGAUAUCCACCCUGAAGAGAUUGAGUAUUUAAGAUCUGUGAUAUUAUACACAAAUACGGAUUUGACUUUAUUACCCUUGGGUACGUUAUCUUAAACAGUUAAAUUACAUAUAACAACUAUUUCAAUAAGUUAAUUUUUUUAACAACUUUUUGUCUAGCCAUUCGUACAAGAAUGUGUUACCUUUCGUGUUACCUUUCU